ACAGUCGCUACAAAUAGUGCCACGCGUCCCUUAAUUACUGUAUCCUCUGUCGGUUCCCCUGCAGCCGGUGGAGCCACUGGACACGUGUCAGUCCCCAUCAUCUCUUUUUCUAUCCCCACAUCCGCCAUCUCCAUACAAUACAAUACAAUACAAUACAAGCUUUAAGUCCAACACUUUCCACACACUCCCACGCCAUAAUCGUUACAUUUUUUUCCGGUUCAAUUUCGCCGGAAAAUCCGUGAAUUCAUCCUCUUUCUCAUGCUUCCCAAAUCAGUUAACCCCUCGCCGGAACCCCAACAAUUCAGAAAACUCUCCGACCACAAAACCUCCCUCACAGCCUUACUCGGACCCCUUUUCUCCCCUCAAAACCCUCGCACAUGGAUUCUUUUUACCGUCAUCUUCGUCCAGAUCCUCAUCCUCUGCAACCUCCGCAGCUUCCCAGCUUCAAUUUCCAUCACCCACCGCAGCCUCCCCCCUGCUCAAAACGCCUUCGUCGAAACAUCAAACAGUGAAAACGGCACCGUUCAGGAAUCUUCUCCAAUUGAGCAGGACGAAUGUGGGUCCGGCAGGGUUUUCGUCUACGACCUUCCCACAACCUUCAAUCAAGAAAUCCUCGACAAUUGCGACAAUCUCAACCCGUGGAGCUCACGCUGCGACGCACUCUCCAACGACGGCUACGGCCAGAUGGCAACGGGGCUCGCCGGAAUCGUGCCGGAGGAUCUGCUUCCGGCGUGGUACUGGACGGACCAAUUCGUCUCCGAAAUCAUCUUCCACAAUCGCAUGCUGAACCAUAAGUGCAGAGUCAUGGAGCCAGAAUCGGCUACGGCGUUCUACAUCCCAUUUUACGCUGGACUCGCGGUGGGGAAGUACCUGUGGCUCAACUCCACCGCAGAGGAUCGCGAUCGUCACUGCGACAUGAUGCUGCGCUGGGUUCAGGAACAACCGCAAUACAGAAGAUCCAACGGUUGGGAUCACUUCAUUACGAUGGGGCGCAUCACAUGGGAUUUUCGCCGCUCCAAGAACGAGGAUUGGGGUUCUAGCUGCAUCUACAAGCCAGGGAUGAGAAACAUCACGCGCCUUCUCAUCGAGCGUAACCCCUGGGACUAUUUUGAUAUUGGUGUUCCCUACCCCACCGGAUUUCACCCCCGUUCCCACUCCGAUGUCUCUCGCUGGCAGAGCUUCGUCCGCGAGCGCCGCCGCACCGCGCUCUUCUGCUUCGCCGGCGCUCCGCGUCGCGCUUUCCCCAACGAUUUCAGGGGAGUUCUGCUGAGUCAGUGCCGCGCCUCGGGCGGGUCGUGCCGAUCCGUGAACUGCGCCGGGACACGGUGCUCGAACGGCACGUCGGCGAUCCUCGAAACGUUUCUCGACUCGGAUUUUUGCUUGCAGCCGAGAGGAGAUAGCUUCACGCGCCGGUCGAUUUUCGAUUGCAUGGUGGCCGGUUCGAUCCCGGUUUUUUUCUGGCGGCGAACCGCGUAUUUUCAGUAUGAAUGGUUCUUGCCGGGUGAACCGGGGAGUUACUCGGUUUACAUAGACCGGAACGCGGUGAAAAAUGGGACAUCGGUGAAAGCCAUUCUUGAGAGGUACAGCAAGGAGGAGGUAAGGAAAAUGAGGGAGAAAGUGAUUGAGUACAUUCCACGGUUGGUUUAUUCAAGGCCUAAACAAGGGUUACAAGGUACGAAGGAUGCUUUUGAUGUUGCCAUGGAUGGGGUCCUAAGAAGGUUUAGGGAUCAAGAACAAUCAGGGUUUAAUAAGUGGAAAUAAGAUGGGGAAUAAAAUGCAUGGAGUUAGAUUUUGAAGAGAUAAAUAAAUAAAAAUAUAACAUAUUUGUUUCAGGCAAAUUUGGGAGAAUAGAGGUUUUUUUCACUUUUUGUUUUUUCCAGGAUUUACUUAUAGAUGUACAAUGGGAUGUACCAUAUUUAUAUUUUGUGAUUCUUUGUAAUAUGAUGAAUUAUACACUUAUGGCUAUUGAUAUUUGUUGGAGUAGAAUAUUUACAGAGAAGGUUGAGCAAAUAAAUAAAUAAAUAAAUAAAAUGGGCAAAUGGGUUUUGUGAGGGUUACUCGCAGGGUAUUUAUGGGUUCAGUUUAGGAAUAAACAUAUCCUUAAUUUGGUUUUAGUGUU